UUACAGUUAUGAAUGUUAAUAACUCAUUAAUAAAGGGGUUUAAUAAUCAAGUCUGUAGUUGUAGGUGUUAAUAUGAUGUUAACAAAUGUGCUCCAUAGUGUCUGCAGCUCUUUUCUAAAAACAAGUGAGCAAACCAGUCAAAACAAGUUUUCCCAAAAGUUAUUAUUUAUGACUUUUAACAUACCUGUAAAGCAUAGUAAAUGCUUUAUUAACCAUUAUUAAAGCUAUUAGUUAUACCCCUUUGGCAGUAUAUGAGGUUUGUCUCUGGUUUGACCUGUAAAGCCAUAACAGAUAGGCUGUUAUUAAGUAGAUCUCGAUGUAUGCCGUACAAGAACCAACAACAAUACACGAUAGCCUCACAAGCUGCUACAUGCAGUGAACAGAGUGAAUACAUGGUAUUUGAGCUCUUGUCAGUGUGUGGUUAGCUUACGGGAAUCCAUCCGUGACAUGCCACCUUUCAAAAAUAGUGACUUCACCUGGGAUUGGGUGUCCCACAUUGCCUGAAAAUCAAAACAUUCACACCGGCACAAACACGUAAAAACACCUUGAAAACAUACAGUUUGCAUAAACAAAAGCUAAACCACUUGACAUAGUGACAACAUAUCAGCGGGGCCAGAGUGUGAUGUCAACACUGGUCUCCAGGUGGAUUAUUAUUUUUCCAUUUGACUAUUUGGUGUUGCAGCACUACCAGUGAAACCAGUGUUUUGGUCUGAUCAUUUGCAGGAAAUAAGACUAGCAAUUACACAAAUAUGGGUUGUUGAGUUCAACAUGACCCAGAUGAACCUGGAGGAGUGAGUAAGAGGAGAAUGUAUCACACUGACAUUAGCUACUAAAGACAUAAUAUCAUAGAAUUUAGAAUUAUUUUCUGUGUGCCUAUUCACCUGUUUUACUUCUCUCAUAAUUGUAUAAUUGUUUCCUUGGGAUUGACUCUCUCUGUUCCAAAGUAAUCCAAAACCCAGAGGCAGUUAAUUCACAAAGAAAAUAGAUCACAAUAACUUUCUCAGGUGAACCCACUAUCCUGGCACUGAGCAACAGGAUGGAAGGACCAGACCUCACUAUUUGUUUCAAGAGAGAAAAACAGAAUAACAGUGGUUUCUAUGUGGGCUGUUAAGUUGGAACAUCUAAAGUCCACAGCUGCAGUAAAGGAUGAGUGCUUUGAUGUGAUAAAUCAUAAGAGCACUUCAGUGUCUCUACUCUGUUGGCACAGAGAACAUCUUUACUGGGAGUGGUCUCAAUCUUUUAACAACCUGGAGUUCAUUGUUUUCAGUAUAAGGAGGAAUUUCAAACAGUAUAUGAAAGGAUAGUUCAGGCUGUGAUUACAGUGCUGCCUGGAACUGACAAAUGACCCUAAACUGAGAUUUUACCUGCAGGCACUGCACCUUAGAAAUACAAAGGAAGCAUACGCCACCUGGUUGUCUCAGGUGAAAUAGUCCCAAGGUGUCUGCCAGAUCACAUUUCACAGACAAUCACGCACGCAAUGUGAAGAUGUUUUGUGAUGCUCCAAACCUUUUGAAAUCAUCUAACUCCGCCCUCCCGGGGUUGGUCCUGAGUUGAGGUGAGCUAUAAACAGCUGCUGACACCGACUGUAGGUGAGACGGGCUUCAGAGCCCCGGCAGGUAUGACACAAAGACAGACUUCUUUGGAUCCAAUUUAAAGGACUCAGCGCCUUGAACGCACACAAGCUCCGAGACUUUACGCAAAGAGCAUAUCGCAUAUCGCAGGUCCUAUACAGCAGUAAAUAAGAGGAGAACUCAUCAGAAGCAUGAAGUUGGAGGUGUUGUGCGGGAACCACUAUGGCAUGAAACUUUUGGAGAUGUCCAGUGAUGCAGAGGGGAGUGUGCGCUCUCCUCUUUCUGCUGAGGAGGAGCUGGGGUCGGAUGGAGACUGCGUGGCGCACAGUCCUCCACCUGUUACUUCAUGCACCAGCAGCAAGUCAAAGCCGUACACAAGGAGACCCAAACCCCCGUUCUCAUACAUCGCUCUCAUCGCCAUGGCUAUCCGGGACUCCUCCUCUGGACGUCUGACUUUGGCGGAAAUCAACGACUAUCUGAUGAAAAAGUUUCCGUUCUUCAGGGGAAGCUACACCGGCUGGAGGAACUCGGUUCGACACAACUUGUCUCUUAACGACUGCUUUCUCAAAGUGCUCCGGGACCCGUCCAGACCUUGGGGAAAGGACAAUUACUGGAUGCUCAAUCCUCACAGCGAAUACACAUUUGCGGACGGGGUGUUCCGUCGCAGAAGAAAGCGCAUUAACAAAAAGUUCGGCAGAGUGCAUGAGGAGUCCGAGCACGCAGAGGAGCCGCAGAUCAUUCCGCAGUCCGCUCCCGCCACCAGGACUGAGCCCGCUGUCAAGUUUACUAGUUCAUUUGCUAUAGACAGCAUCCUCAGCAAGCCCUUCAAGAGGGACUCAAACAACGACUUACCACUACACCCUGCCUUCACCUGGCCGCGCUACACUGAACUAAUGAUACCUCAUUCAAAUACACCUGCCUCAUUUCCAUUCGUCAAGUCAGCCUAUAUGAACUCCCGUGUUGCGCACUUGUCACACGCCUACAGCGAUGGGCUGAUUUCACAGACAUUUUUGCGAUUUCAGAAUUGAAUUUGGAAUCACUCUUUAUCCUUUGUGAUCUGUGUGCACUGAUGAUGGACAACAGAAGGACAGAACAAACAUUAAAGACAGAUGGCAACCUUUUUCAUCAUAUGAUGGGAUUAAAUUGAGUUUGUGGUGGCAUGGUGUUGCAGUUUAUUUUUUAUACUUCUGGUAAUGUCCCAGAUGAUCUGUUUUAUACACGUUCUUUAUUGCCAAUGUUACUGAACUGCCUAUUAAAUUUGUAGUUUGUUUAACAAACGUGUUAAAAAAUGCACUUUGACUGUGUUUGUGUCUCUUCUUCCAAUAUUGUGCUCAU